AUGCAACGUAAAAGCGAUCCGUUUUACACAGUGGACGAAGUCGCAGCAAGCCACCAGCAUCGUCACUCAGGUCGCAACUGUGGUCGUAAGUUCCAGCCUGGGGAACCCAUUUAUCGCUGUAAAGAGUGCAGCUUUGACGACACAUGUGUACUUUGCAUCCAGUGCUUCAAUCCACAGGACCACGACGGCCAUCACGUUUAUACUAGCAUAUGCUCUCAACUCAAUACAGGGAUCUGCGAUUGUGGUGAUGUUGAGGCUUGGAACUUGCCUUUACAUUGUCAAGCUGAAUGUGCUGACACCGAUAGCGAGGACCUGGAAGAUUUUGAUCAGGAAGAUGGAUUUGAGUCAGAAGAAAUGCGACAGCUUUUUGAGAGUGCGCUCACUGAGAUUUUAGAUCAUUUUCUUGACGUUUUUAAUCAAAAUGUUGAGCCUCUCCCUACUAUUCAAAAAGAGAUUACUAUUAAACUUAGGGAAAUGGAGCAACAAAAUAGAUUUAGCGAGAAAUUAGAGCUCCUUCGCGACUUGGAGUAUAAAAAUGAGUACAUGCAGGAGCGCAGAGGUGACAAGAGCGCCCGCAAUGACGACCAUAACGAAGACAACAAUAACGAAGCCGGAUUGCCUGAGUACGCAGUCAUGGUCUAUAACGAUGAAUAUCAUAAUUAUUCCCAAGCUAUUGCAGCUUUAAAGCAAGGUGUUCCUGACGACAAGCACACGGAUAAACUGACAGCAUGCAUUGAUGGAGAAGGACGUGCCAUGUUGAAAUGCUCACGAGACUUGACAAAUGUUCUAAGUGGAUUUUUUGCCAUAAGGACUAAUGGUCUCAGUGCCACCCUUACCACUUGGUCAGAAUUCAUUCAUCAAGAGGCUUGUAAGUAUAUGAUAGGGUGGAUCGGGCAUUGUUUGACCAUUCCUAAUUCAGAAUUCCAACAAAUUUUCAGAGACGCCUUGGGCACUGUUCUUUGCUCUGAAGUGACAACUUUCUCGGAGAAGCCUGAUGUUAGCCUCAUGUUGGAUAAACACUUCCCCGCGAAGCCUGGGGCUGAUAACACAUAUAGGUACGCUGAUUUAUCGGUACUGGAUAGAGGUAACGUAAUACCUAUGAGUCACCACAAAGUGCUAGCAUCGGGGGAAACAGGAUAUAUCUCGCUAACGCUUAAUGGAACAGAGUCUCCUACUCAUAAAAAGUAUGUGAACUCGAGACUGCAACACUUUCUAUUCUUCGAUAAUAGGUUCUGGAAGAGACUGCGGAAAGAUAUCCAAGAUGUCAUAAUUCCAACAAUGUCAUCAAGUCUCAAGUUCAAACCAAUUUUUUGUACACAUUUGGUUCAAAUUUUCAAUCAUAUGACAAGGUCACUUGCGUAUAUGGAUCGAGAACCUCAACUCAGUGCGUUGCGGGAAAGCGUUGUACAACUCUUCACUUGCCCAACUAAUGCACUAACCAUAUUCCAAAGCGGCAGUUUCUGUGACAUGAUGUGGUCAGUGAUCGACAUAUUUACGGAAUUUUCUAAGAAAGACGCCGGCUUGUUGGUAUGGCAAAAAGUUCAAAAAACCAACCCAACUAAAAGCUAUAGAUUCUCUUUCAAACAAGGGUUUUACGCCGUGGAGACUAUAUUGAGCAAAAUUAGCGAUCCGAAUUUGUUACUGCGCGCUCCAGAGUUUAUUGCGAUCGCUACGUUAAGUAAACUUUUCAACGGUGCUUGGAAAAUUAAGCGCAAAGAAGGUGAGCACGUUCUUAGAGAAGAUCAGAACUUUAUUCCGUAUGUUGAGUAUACCACCUCCAUUUUCAGCAUAGUUCAAACUAUCGAUAGAACACUCGAGAAAAAGCGCAAUGAAAUUGAUGAAGAUUUACUUUUAAAUGCAAUUAGAUUGCUGAGUACAUUUUUAGGGCACAGAUCACUACCUUAUAAGGUAGUUCAUGAGACACAUGAAAUUAUAAAAUUUAAGGUUAGCAAGCAAAGAGUUGCGUUCAUGAAUCCGGUUCAUACAUUGUUGUCGUUUUUAAUGGAGAAAGUCCCAUUAAAUAAAGCAUUUGAAGCAGUCGCUAAUUGUAAUGACUUCCUUACUAUAUCAGAUUUUUCUCUGAGAUCAGUGGUUCUUUGUUCACAAAUCGAUGUUGGGUUUUGGGUGCGGAACGGUGUUUCUGUUCUUCGUCAAUCUUCAUAUUAUAAGCGUACUCCGGAUAUGGAUUCCUACAACAGGGACAUAUAUCUCAACCAGCUCGCGUUUCUGGGUGAAAAGGACAACUUGGUGAGACUCAUCUAUAACAUUCUAGAGAGGUGGGAGUUAUUGGCGUGGCUUGAUGGGGAAGAAGAAUUUUCUCACACAGUAUAUGAAGAUAAGGUGGUUCUCAUCCUUCAGCAAUUCGUUGCCUUCAUAUAUCAAUUACUUGCUGAAAGGCAGUCAUUUAGAAAAUUUCAAAACUCUGAUGAGAAAGAGUAUUUCCAGAUUAAGAAAGCCAUAAUGUACAACCUAUUCAUGGAGCCCGUCUCUUACUCAAAUCUUUUCGCUGCUAUGCCUGAAUACCUCACCGAAAGCUCUAUGCUAUUUGACAAAGCUCUGAAGGACGUUUCGAUAUAUGUGGAACCUAAGGGUCUAGAAGAUAACGGUGUUUUCAAGCUUAAACCGGAAUUGUACAAAAAGAUCGACCCUCUGCAGCUACUCAACAUGGGCAAUGACUUUGAGCAUAGUGCCUCCGUCGUUACCACACACUUAGCUGACCUAGGAACUGAUCCAAAGAAACUCGUUUUGGAGCCUCAGCUGACCCACCCCAAGUACAUGGAUGAAGCUGCUAAACACCUAGGUGCGUUUACACGCACGAAUGCGUUUGCUAAGGUCAUCUUCAAUCUUUUGCAAGUUUGUCUUGAUCGAAAUGAGAGCUCUUUCAUCUACGAUCUUCUGCACUUAGUUCACGGUAUAUUCAAGGACGAUGAACUCGUAAAUGGCAAAAAUUCUAUCCCAGAGGCUUACCUAUCGAAGCCUGUAUGCAAUUUAUUUCUCACCAUAUUGGAUUCCAAGUCUACUGUUUUCUCGGAAAGCGUAAUGGCCAAAGCUGAUCACCUACUAGAAAUAAUGAUUCGAAAAGAUCCAGAAGCUAUUCUUGGCUCACUGGUGUCUUGUUUUGGAAAAGAAACUGUUGAGCUGUAUAAAACUAAGAAACUGCGUCAAGGUGUUAAUUUCGAAGAAAGUGAAAAAGACCGAAAGAAAGGACUGGCGAAGGCACGUCAGGAGAAAAUUCUAUCAAAGUUUUCAAAGCAGCAUACAAAAUUCAUGAAGGAAAAUGAGUUUAAGCUUGGUGGGGGUAAUGAGGACGUAGAAAUGGCAGGGGUUAAUCUGAUGAGUAAAGAAGAAGACCAUACGUGUGCAUUGUGUCAAGAUGCUACCUCAACAGAUUCUUUUGUCAUUCCAGUUUACCACGAAAAUUCACCCGUUUUUAGGGGGGGCGAUAUUCACAAUGUUAAAGAAUUCGCGGCUUCCUGGGAAAGCUUUACCAAUAAUGAUCAUCAGCCUACAAUUCAUACCGAAGAAACAUUGGAUAGCUACAAAGAAGACGGUUCAAGAGGUUCUAGAAAGGUUUUUGUUUCUUGUAAUCAUUACAUCCAUUACAAGUGUUUCAAGCGGUAUGCCCAGAAGAAAAGGUUUUCGACCAAUUCCUUUAUAUGCCCUCUAUGCCAGACUUUCUCUAACUGUGUCGUUCCGGUCUCUGGAAAGUCACAAAAUUCAAGCGGAACUUCCUUAGAGGAUCUACUAGAAUAUAAUGUUGCGAAGCCAGCUAUAAGCUACUUACAUGAAACAGACUCUAGUGAAGAUUUCAAUAGCGUUUUCAACAUGUUCGUCGAAAUUAACAAGAAGAACAUGUAUUACGAUCGUCACUGGGCUACGACCCCCAAAUUUCAGCGACCAGACGUAGCGCACAUUUUAUCAGUACACUGGGCAAACACAGCAUCAAUGCUCGAAAUUUCUUUGAGAUCAUCUACCAAUGCCAAUGAAACAUUGUUGCAAGGAAAAGAGCAAAAGUUCAGAACUUUGAAGAACAUCCUUUCUUCGAUUGCUUGGUUGUAUAGGGUUUUGGGUCCUCCUUCUCUUGAACACAUUCCUUAUGUCAACAGGGAGGGUAUUGUUUGGAAUCAAAAUCAACUUUUCCAAUAUAUUGUACGCCAUGCUCUUUUCACUCCAAUUCCGAUAUCGGAUACCGUUAGUAAAGCCCUAUCGCUCUAUGCUCGACAGUUUCUCGUUGAUUUUGUGAAAGGACAAGCUCCCAAUGCAGUUGAAGAAAUGUAUGAUGAAUACAAGACUUCAGGGGGCACAUAUGAAAUAAGCGAGAGCCUUUUGCUGGCUAUGCGCAAUGUUUGUGACAUUGGCAUCACCGAUGAAGUAUUAUGCCUGAAGCUUUAUAAGCUUGCAUACGCCAGUUUGAUUAAAAAUCUUCUACCAACUAUCAGAAGAUGCUUGAUCUUGUUGAAAGUUCUCAAUGAUCUGCUUAUGUCGACAGAUACCCCAAAACUAGUCAUAAAAGAAAUGGAGUUAGAAGACACAAGCCGGACUUAUCAAAGCAUGGGAGAUUACGUCGAAGUUAUGAUCAGACAAAUCACCUUUUGUGAUUCUUUGGAAUCACUUUUGAAGUAUCCCUGUGGUACUCAGAAGGACGAUCCUUACUUGAGCAACUUUCCUUAUGAGUACACGGGCGUUGUGAAGUUGGUGGAUCUGGCUCCGCAUUUGAAUACGUACCUCACAAACUCGCAGGUCGUGAAACUGCGAAAUGAACAUCCUGCGCACAUGAAAAACGCUGGUAAUCGUUUGGACUUUAAGAUUUGCCUAGUUUGUGGUGUGAAGGUACACGCCAGAAAGGAUCACACCGAGUUAGUGAGGCAUUUAACUAAUCAUUGUUUCAAACCUUUUGGUCUUUUCCUUGUUCCUAAUUUAAGCGAGGUGUGUUUAAUAUUGACAAAUCCUAGGUCUUCGAUUGCUAUUUCAGCGCCUUAUCUAAACUCGCAUGGCGAAGCAGGCCGUAACGCAAUUCAAAGAGGUGACUUGACAUCUCUGAACUUGCGCCGGUACGAGCACCUAUGUAAUGUGUGGCUCAAUAACGAGAUCCCCGGGCUAAUAAGUAGAGUUUUGGGUGAUGAGUUUAGAGUGUUGAUAAUAUCAAACGGAGUCGUCCUGAAUUUCAACAGGAACGUGCUGCGUCCGCGGCGCGCAAAUACUGAUGAACUUGGUGGUGACAGUAGUACUAGUGAGUCAGAGGAUGACGACGCAGAAGGUGGUGAAACUCGAUGGGAGAUUCGUCCCGAAGAGUUUUUUGAGGAGGCUGGUGUUAGACUUGAAGGAGCAGAUCCUGUUCCCGGCGGCGACAUAAGAGAUUUUUUCCAGUUCAUUAACAACUUGAGGACAGAUACGGAUGCUUUAGAAGAAGGCGAAGAAGUUGAGGGCAAUGAAGGUGGAGCUGGGACCGUCUUUGUGCCCCGCUUUGAUUUCAUUCCUAAUUUCAGAAAUAUGAAUGCUCCUACAGAAGAUACACAAGACGGUGACGAAGACAUGGAAGAAGAUGAUGAUUAA